AUGCGUAAAAGGGUUCCCGCGGCUGUCGCUACCGUCGGCAUUGUUUACGGCAUCGCCAAAUACAAACAGUACCGAAGUGAACAGCAGCAACGUUCGCAGUACUCGACACGCCGCUCAGCAGCCGAGCAGCAUUCGAACGCACUCAUGAAUGCAUACGGAGACCGGUCCAGUCUCGCCGAAUUGGAACAGGCCAUCAAGGAAUAUGAGGCCCAACAAGGCAGGCGGUGA